CAUUAUCUUAGCGUUACUCAGUUUUAAACAAGAUGGCUGUAACUUGUUGGUGGACUUUUUUAUAUUUUUGUUCAUUAUUUUUACGUGGAUUUUAUAAAAAAUAAUAAUAUCAAAACAAAGGUUACUUAAAUAAUAAAACGUAGACAAAGAGAUUCAACGAAAUAACUUUUAUAAAUUUAAAUGUUUAAAGUAAAUAAAUAAGUGCCUCGGUAAAAUAUAUCUUGGUAUAAUUAAACCGAGUUAUUAAUUAUCCAAGUGUCAAUUAAUACAACAUUACACCAUUUAUUAAAACAAUUAAGGAGACCAGUUUUAUAUUUUAUUAUACUUUUUAUUACUAUUAUCAUUAUUAUUAUUGUUAAUCUUAGUCUUUUCUUCUUUUUGGCCCAUUUUAAAUAUUUAUAUAUUUAUUAUUCUUUUGAUAACAUGAAUUAUUAUGAUAGCGCGUCAUCGCAAUGUGCCGUGAAAGUAUAAUCAACGAAACAAUUAUUAUUUGUGUCAGUAGUAAUGUUAAUCUGUGUUCACAUAUUAUGACAAUAGUCUUCCUAUUUUUAAUAACGUCGAUAAAUCUAGUGUACAAUAAACAAUAACUUAUUUUAUAGUAACAAACUACUAGUGUUCAUUAUCAUUUUAUUUAUUAACACUUGAAUUUGCAUCUACUUAUUUUAUUUACCUGGAGUACAUUACCAGUCGUUUAAAUGAGAGGAAGAUUGGUCGGGGAAGAUUGGAUUGGGCUGGAGAGGAGAAGGUGAAACCUGGAGUCAAGGUGUGGCGGACAACGAAGGGAUGAAUGGAACGACUGCGGUACGUCGUGUUGUUGGGGCCGGUGGAGGCGGAGGUGGACAGGAACCACCACCCGUUGCUACACUCGUCGUAUACAAGGACGACGCGGGCUACGGGAUGAAGGUGUCUGGUGAUAAUCCUGUUUAUGUACAAUCCGUCAAAGAAGGUGGUGCUGCCGAAAGAGCUGGACUAAAACAGGGAGAUAAAAUCAUAAAAGUAAAUGGCGUCAAUGUUAUGCAGUCGACGCAUACAGAAGUUGUGCAGCUAAUAAAAUCAUCGACGCAGGUGGUUUUGACAGUGCAGCAAAAACCACUGGGUACAACAUUGGCCGCGUUGCAGCAGCAAGUGGGAACAACUGUGGGCAAUCAGCAACAGCAGCAUCAACAACAGCAAAGGCCGACGAGUUUGUCGGCAGCAUCAACAAUGGUAUCACCUUCACAAUCCGCUACUUCUUUGCAUCGGGCAUCAACAGCACCAGCCGGUGGUGCUCCUUGCACUGCACGUAUAACUGGACCCCAACCUGUCGACCUUACUUUUCCGUUUUUACUGGUUAGAGCACCGUCAUUUACUGAUUUCAUCUCCACUGCAUUUAAUAAAAAACACGAGAAAAAACGUCAGUUGGAGACACAACGUGUUCAUACAUUUCAGCUGAUGUUAGAAAAAGAGCAGAGUUAUGUUGAUAAAUUACGAAGUGAACUUGCUAAAAUGGGUAUUGGAUCCGGGAACGUAUCGAGCGUCGCAACAUUACAGACUGAGUUGGCUGGAGCUGAAAGACGAGUUCGCACUCUCCAGGAUCAACUGGCAGCAAUAACAACCAAUGAUCAGCUUUGCUCAUUGGUAACAAACGCCUCGUCUCCCUCUGGUCAUUAUUCCAGUUCUGGUAGCAGCAGCGGUGGUGGUAGUGGUGUUGUUGUUAUUGGUGACACACCACCACCCCUGCCCUCACGUAAAUCCUUGUCCAUGCAGAGUUUGUCCCCACCUCCGUUGCCUCCACGACCACCUCCACCCACCUCAAACACGCACAACGUACAGUUGGAGCUGGAGAGACAACUGCUGACUCAUUUAACGCCCCCAACCACCAGUCAUGGUAUACCUAACUCUUUUUCGCAAGACGCGCAUUUGGGGUCACCGAAUUCACUUAACAAACAUCAACGUACUAAAUCCUCACCGGAGCAAUUGAGUACGACUAUGAUCUCACCGUCUGAGGCCAGUAGACUGUUGAUAGCAUCGGAAUCGAUGAACGAUCUAUCACCAUCCAGACACCAUCUCGGGCAUGGACGUCUAAGCGGGAUUGAUUUAGAUGAUCCUAUCCAUAUCACACCCCCGGGUACACCACCUCCGCCUUAUCCACAACCGAGUCCUGGGGUUGAUGUUUUAUCGGCAACUCUCAAUGAGGUCAGAACCCUUUUUGAAACCAGCUCGGCUCGCCAGCCGCAGCAGCAGCUGUUUUGGCUCGUGGAGCGCAGCCAAAACGAGCGGUUAUCGUGUUGUGUUUAUUCCUAUGCUAGGCUCGUUUGCUGCAGCAGCAGCCAGGAACAAAGAAAUUUGGACGACUUUGGAGGAUUUACUGGAGGAAUCGGCUUCGACGGAGGAAGAAGAUCGAAUUUUGGAUCGCCUCAAGUUGUUGACUCAAGAAUCUUUGCCGGAUGGUUGGAAGAAUUAGAAGACAAUGGACCUUUCUAUGGAAGAUUUGUUUGGAGCGGACCUGGAGGUUGA